GGCGGAGGAACAGAGCCAAUCAGAGUCAAGGCCCGCCCCGGAUACUUAACGGCGGAGGGUGAGACCACGUGCUCCUGUCAGGGGUCUCAGUCCCAUGAAGCAAUGCGGCCUCAGCACUCCGGACCCCCGUCAUGUGGAGGAGACCGGUCCGGACCCCCGUCAUGUGGAGGAGACCGGUCCGGACCCCCGUCAUGUGGAGGAGACCGGUCCGGACCCCCGUCAUGUGGAGGAGACCGGUCCGGACCCCCCAGCUGAUGUGUCCAUCAUCGUUCCCCUCUACAACGCCGAGCCGUGGUUGGACGAGUGCUUGACCUCCGUCUUCAAGCAGGACUUUGGCGGCGUCCUGGAGCUCUCUAUAUACAAUGAUGGCAGCACUGACAGUUCUGCUGACAUCAUACAGAGGUGGAAGCCGCAGCUGGAAGAAAGAGGCAUCAGGGUCAUUGUGGGAGGUCAUGAGGGCCAAAGGCCCCGAGGGGUUGGAUUCGCCAAAAAUCGGGCGAUUGGCCAGAGCUCCGGGUGCUACCUGUGCUUCCUGGACUCGGAUGACGUCAUGAUGCCGCGGAGAGUCCGGCUACAGCUUGAGGCAGCGCAGCGCUUACCAAAAAGUAUAAUUGGAUGUCAGGUGACACGUGAUCCGCCCAACGCUACGCAACGUUACACCCGCUGGAUCAACAGCCUGAAGCCUGCUCAGCUCCUCACACAGGUCUUCACAUCACAUGGACCCACCGUCAUCAUGCCCACCUGGUUCUGCUCCAGGGAGUGGUUCUGCUACGUGGGGCAGUUUGUUGAGGACGGACAGGGGACUCCGGAAGAUCUUCUCUUCUUCUAUGAUCACCUGCGGAAAGGAGGCGGAGUUCACCGCGUGGAGGAGGAGCUUGUGCUAUACCGCUACCACGAGCGUGCCGCCACACAUUCCGUAUCAGAGGAGACGAUCUGGAGGAAUCGGGUGCGGUUCCUUGAGGAGCGAGUACUGGAGCGCUGGUCGUCAUUCACCAUCUGGAACGCCGGCAAACAGGGCCGUAAGCUGUACCGGAGCCUGAGCCCCCGGAACAGGGACAAGGUUGUUGCCUUUUGUGAUGUUGACGCAAACAAAAUUUCCAAGGGUUUUUAUACAUUCGAGGAAUCUGAGAAGCGCCCCAAGCCUCGGAUCCCUGUGCUGCACUUCACAGAAGCCAAACCUCCAUUUAUCAUCUGUGUCAAAUUGGACCUGACAGGAGGAGGGUUUGAGGACAACCUGCGCUCUCUGAACCUGACAGAGGGAGAGGAUUAUUAUCACUUCAGCUGAGAGUGGCUGCAGGUAUCACAAUCUCCUGGCGCAGUUCUGGCCACCUCGCUUGGUACCUGAUGGACGCCUGACGCCGUUCUAGGCCGCACAUUCGAUCGGUGAUCUUGUAGCACACGCGAUACGUUUACGUCGGCGAUGGCGCCAUCAUUUACCGGUGAUCUUUUAUAUUGAAAUCAGACGAUCGGGAUUGACUAGUCGUGUCUACUUUAUAUUGCCACGCUGAGCAGACAUAACCAAUCGAGUACGUCUAGAAGUGCCCCACAUCUAUGUGUGGAGUAUAAUGGACAUAUAGAGCCCAUAUUCACUGAUGUCACAUGACCAUGUCACCCCACCACCACCGGGCAGUGGCGCAUUAUGCGGUGAAGCCCUCUAGAGGUGGGAGCGGUAACCUGUAAUUGAAGGGGCGGAGGUGGUGACUGGUGGUGGGCACAUGGACCAGCGCUAAAUAAAUCGCUAAAUCAUG